AUCCAGUCCGGGCUUUGCGCGGAGCCCACAGCCCGGCGCAGCCCGGCCUCUGGCGAGAGCCAAUCAGAAGGCGCCUCUCAGCACGUGGAGGAGAGAGACUCCAGAGCUCCGUGCCCGCGGCUCACUACACUUGUUACUGCUUGUCCUGAGCGCGGAGAAGGCGAGCUCCGGCCGCGGGCAGGGCGGGAGCCGGCAGCCAGCGACCGAGCGAGGCAGAGAGGCACAGGGAUCGCAAUAAUAUCUAUUAUAACCAGCUAUCUAACUUCACCCCCCAACACACACCCAUACAUCCCACCCGCCCCGAAAGGCAGCCAGCGGCCCGCUUCUCUGCGCCCGGGGGAAAAAACCCCAGCCAUGAGCAAUCAGUACCAGGAGGAGGGCUGCUCCGAGAGGCCCGAGUGCAAAAGUAAAUCUCCAACUUUGCUCUCCUCUUACUGCAUCGACAGCAUCCUGGGCCGGAGAAGCCCGUGCAAAAUGCGGCUUCUGGGAGCUGCGCAGAGCUUGCCCGCCCCGCUGGCCAGCCGCGCCGACCAGGAAAAGGCCGUGCAAGGCUCCCCCAAGGGCAGCAGCGCCCCGUUCGAGGCAGAGCUGCACCUGCCGCCCAAGCUGCGGCGCCUGUACGGCCCGGGCGGGGGCCGCCUCCUCCAGGGCGCCGCGGCGGCGGCGGCGGCAGCGGCUGCCGCGGCGGCCGCAGCGGCCACGGCCACGGCGGGUCCGCGGGGGGAGGCCCCGCCGCCGCCGCCGCCGCCGACCUCGCGGCCGGGGGAGCGGCCGGACGGCUCCGGGGCCGCCGUGGCCGCCGCGGCAGCGGCCGCCGCGGCCUGGGACACGCUCAAGAUCAGCCAGGCGCCGCAGGUGAGCAUCAGCCGCAGCAAGUCGUACCGUGAGAACGGGGCGCCCUUCGUGCCGCCACCGCCCGCCCUGGACGAGCUGGGCGGCCCGGGGGGCGCCGCGCACCCGGACGAGCGCCUCGGCGCGGCCGGCGGCCCCGGAGGUGCCCCGGCGGGGAGUAGCGGCACGGGGGCCGAGGACGACGAGGAGGAGUUGCUGGAGGACGAAGAAGACGAGGACGAGGAAGAGGAGCUGCUGGAAGACGACGAGGAGGAGAUGCUGGAGGACGACGCUCGAGCGCUGCUCAAGGAGCCCCGGCGCUGCGCCGUGGCCGCCACCGGCGCGGUGGCCGCCGCCUCCGCAGCCGCCGUGGCCACGGAGGGCGGGGAGCUGUCACCCAAGGAGGAGCUGCUGCUGCACCCAGAGGACGCCGAGGGCAAGGACGGCGAGGACAGCGUGUGCCUGUCUGCGGGCAGCGACUCGGAGGAGGGGCUGCUGAAGCGCAAACAGCGGCGCUACCGCACCACUUUCACCAGCUACCAGCUGGAGGAACUGGAGCGGGCCUUCCAGAAGACGCACUACCCAGAUGUCUUCACCAGGGAGGAACUGGCCAUGAGGCUGGACUUGACUGAAGCCCGGGUCCAGGUCUGGUUUCAGAACCGUCGGGCCAAGUGGCGCAAGCGGGAGAAGGCGGGCGCGCAGACCCAUCCCCCGGGGCUGCCUUUCCCCGGGCCGCUCUCUGCCACCCACCCGCUCAGCCCGUACCUGGACGCCAGCCCCUUCCCCCCGCACCACCCUGCGCUCGACUCGGCCUGGACCGCCGCCGCCGCAGCCGCCGCCGCCGCCUUUCCGAGUCUACCUCCGCCUCCGGGCUCGGCCAGCCUGCCGCCCAGCGGGGCCCCGCUGGGCCUGAGCACUUUCCUCGGAGCCGCCGUGUUCCGGCACCCGGCCUUCAUCAGCCCUGCGUUCGGCAGGCUCUUUUCCACCAUGGCCCCCCUGACCAGCGCGUCGACCGCGGCCGCGCUCCUGAGACAGCCCACGCCGGCCGUGGAGGGCGCGGUGGCGUCGGGCGCGCUGGCCGACCCUGCCACGGCGGCCGCAGACAGACGCGCCUCCAGCAUAGCCGCGCUGAGGCUCAAGGCCAAGGAGCACGCGGCGCAGCUCACGCAGCUCAACAUCCUGCCGGGCACCAGCACGGGCAAGGAGGUGUGCUAAAGGCUGCCCUCCACUUCGCGCCCCGGGCGCGACCCGAAAGGUCACCUCACUCAGCACCACUCAAGACCAAAUGGAAACAGAGGACCAGCACACUCCCGAGACGGCACUGAGAGAGCGCGGCCGCCUUUGCAGCAGCCUGGACGCGGGCAAGGCAGCCCUUGGCACUACCGGACGUGGCACCUCCUCGGCUGGCCGUCCACACGCCCCUGCCCCUGUCCCUGCCAACCUCGAUCCAACUCGAAGUCCACUCUCCUGUUCUUACUUUACUGAAAAUAUCGGGGAGGUUUUCUCCUUAAGACGCCUGGUAUUGAAGUUAAAAAUUUUAAAAGUCCAACCUCUCUCCCUCCUGACACCCCACUUAGCUUUCUUUUCUUUUUCUUUCUUUUUUUUUUUUUUAAUAGGAUUUUGGCGCUCUAAGUUGAUUCCCCCCAGCGUGUGCUCCGGAGAGAGCCCAAGGCUGGGGAAGCGAAUGCGAAUCUGUAAGAUAGCUAACAGUGCACUUAACGGAAAGGGGCGUCUUGUUCUUGUUCUCUUCUUUAUCAUACACCAACCAAGGUUUUUAUAUCAAACCAAAGGGAAAUACUCUGCUAGAAUAUGGACUGUUGAAGUCACCAAACUGUGAUUAUUGAUUCUGUACAUACCAUUGUUAUUAAAAAAAAAGAACAGAGCUUUGUAUAUUUGAAAUGUUAUAACGCAAUUGCACUCAGCGUGGUAUGGUAAAAGUUUGUCCUUCUGUAGAUUCUUACUGUGUUGUAGAUACGGUAGGGUUCCUAGACAAAUAUUUAUGUACUCAAGCCCUUUAUUUAACUUAUUAACUGUAGAUGCUUCUGAAACCUUCAAGAUAAAAGCAAUGGUACAGUACUUUUGUGUAAUGUGUAAUUGUUAUCACUUUUCCUUGCUAUCUAGUGGAGAAGUGUCACGCUCAAAAUAAAAAAAAAAAGUUAUAUGUUUAACAAAA